UUACAAUCUGAUUCGAUCACCAAAAGAGACGUGGUCGUGGCGUGGUACUCGAAGGUCGAGGAAAAUUCACAGAAAGGACAGUGAGGAUGUUUCUUGAACGGACGGUGGCGUUCGUCGUCGCCGUCGCUCUCGUCGGUGCUUACGAAAUACAAAAAUGUGACAGGAACAUAGUAUGGACCGGUGGGUCCUUCGAAUGGCCUUGUCCAGCCACAAGGAGCAUCUUCAGGAACAGCGGCCGUUACAUCUCGAAGAAUAUCCUCGCCACCAGAGCCGUGAUCUACAAAGAUGAUGCUAUCCUUGCUUUACCUCGGUUUAAGCCUGGUGUGCCAGCAACCUUAGCUAGAGUCUCGUUAAAGGAUAAAAACUGCCAGGCCAACCUUUUCGCCUACCCUUGCUGGUCGCUGCAAGAAGAGGGAACGUGCUCCGCGUUGCAAAACGCCGUAGACCUUUAUUUGGAUCCUCAGGAUAUUCUGUGGGUGUUGGACACGGGCGUCGUAAAUUCCCUUGAGCAAUCCGUACGCAAAUGUCCUCCGAAGGUUAUUGCCCUGAACGUAAAAACCGGCAAGCUGGUGAAAACUGUCGAUCUGUCUGGUCUGACGAGUUCCACGUCCCGACUGCAGUACGUCGUGGCAGAUUACAGUUCGGAUGGUCGGGUUUUCAUCUACGUAUCCGACGCAGCGGCUAGAGCAAUCCUGGUGUACGACGUGACCUCGGGUCGAGGAUAUCGCGUCGUUCUUCCGCAGGCUGUGCUAAUGAACUGCGAUCGCAGGGAUGUGCUUUACCUCGCGCUCAUUCGUCGCCAGGAUGGUAGCACGUGCUUGAUCUUCACGUACCUGGGCAGCAGCCGUAUGUUCUCCAUCCGCACGGACCAUCUCCGAAGAGGUUCCGCUCAUGGCAGGAUACACGAUAUCGGACCGAAACCGAAACGGCUCGUUCUUCUUGGCACGGACAACGGCAGCGCGCUUUUCUUCCGGUACGAGGGUGACUCCGAGAUCUACAGGUGGGACAGUAACACAUGCUUCGAGCCCAACAACUUCCAGCCGGUGUACAAGAGCGAGGAGUGCGCCCUGGCAACUCACGUCGUGGCCGAUUACAAGAGGGGACGUAUGCGUGUGCUGGAGAGCAACUUCCCGGAUUACAUGCAGGGCACCGUUGGCUGCGGGGUCAAUCAUGCCCUGAAUCUCAUGUACAUCGUACUUUUUGCGACUGUUUUGCCGCUAUUAUGCGUCAAAGCGGGAACAUUGGAAACAGUGGCGCAAUGGUCAUUGCUCGACUUUGAGUUACCGUUCGAUCGUGGUUUUGUCAAUCAGUAUCAACCGGAAAACAUAGUGAUGACCGGUAUCGAAAUAGCUUGGGACAGAAUCUUCAUCAGCACACCCAGAUUACGUGCCGGCGUGCCAGCCACUCUGAGCUUCUUCCCCCGGAGAAUACCUUUAGGAAGCAGUCCUAAGCUGCAAGCGUAUCCUUCAUGGGAUUGGCAUGGUGCUGGCAAAGGAGAGAUCAACUGCACGAAGCUUAUCUCAGUCUAUCGGACUAGAUUGGACCGCUGCGACAGAUUGUGGGUCGUUGAUGCCGGUGUUAUGACAUCAAUUGACGAUUUUAUGCCUGUCUGCCCGCCCAAAAUCGUGGUUUUUGACUUGAAAACCAAUGAAGUAGUCCGUCAUGUAACUUUUCCGCGUCAAGUGUUGAGACCAAAUACUUUACUGACCAACGUGGUUAUCGACGAGGCCUCAGCCAAAACGUGUGAUGACGUAUUUCUUUACAUGACUGAUACUCUUGGCCCAGGGAUACUUAUCUUCGAUGGUGCUACAGACAGAAGCUGGCGGGUUCUUCAUGCAUCUAUGUUACCUCAUCCAGAUCAAGCAAUGUAUAAGAUCGGAAGUGACACUUUCGAAUUUCUGGAUGGCGUGGUAGGAAUAGCAUUUUCACCAAGACUCGGUACCGUUUACUAUCAACCGUUGGCGACUGAUCGUAUCUUCAGCGUGCCCAGUUCAGCAUUGCAAGCCGGACCAGUGCCAUUCGGUGAACAGUUACCUGUGACCCUGGUCGGCAGAAAGUCGAGUCAAGGUCUGGCACUGGCCGUGGAUCCUCGGGAUGAUACUAUUCUGUUCAGUCCCUUUACCGAAACCGCGAUUGCAUCGUGGCAACCGCGAACGAAUCAGCAGAGGUAUGAAAUUCCAAAUAAGAUAUUUUUAAUCAAACAGUAAAUUGCUCUAUCAAAA